CCAUCUUUAAUUUUGACGAACUAAGCACUGAGGACAAUUGAGAAUUCCUUCCGGUUCUUUCCACGAGUGUUUUCCGUAUCUUCAAAAUGGCGAAACGUACAAAGAAGGUUGGAAUCACCGGUAAAUAUGGCACUCGUUAUGGUGCUUCUCUCAGGAAAAUGGUUAAAAAAAUGGAAAUCACGCAGCACAGUAAAUAUACCUGCACAUUUUGUGGCAAAGAUGCGAUGAAACGUAGUGUAGUUGGCAUCUGGUCAUGCAAACGCUGCAAGAGGACAGUUGCUGGUGGUGCUUGGGUAUAUUCUACAACAGCUGCCGCUUCAGUGAGGUCAGCAGUACGUCGAUUACGUGAGGUGAAGGAACAGUAAAUACAUAAUAAAUAUAUUUCCAACAA